UGUUUUUAAAAUAUUUAACUUUCACACAUUAAAGUCCAAUACAGCUAAUGAAAGACACAGAUCUUGUGAAUCCAGCCAACAUGUCCGAUUUUUAAAAUGUUUUACAGGGAAGACACAAUAUGUAAAGAUGUACAUCUAUUACCUAAAAACACAUUAGCAUAAUCCACCAUCUUUUAUUUGUCCACCAACACCAGUAGCUAUCACCAAUUCGGCUAAACUAAGAUAUUUAUAGCCCCUAACCAAGAAAAAAACUCAUCAGAUGACAGUCUGAUAACAUAUUUAUGGUAUGGGAUAGGUUUUGUUAGAAAAAAGUGCAUAUUUCAGGUAGAUGGCAUAGGUUACAAUUGCACCCACCGUCACAAAUGGAAUUGAAAAACUACAUUGAGCAACGUGUUUACCUACUUACUAAUCAUCAAACAUUUCGUAAAAAUACACAGCAUACACUAAUCGAAAGACACAGAUCCUGUGAAUACAGACAAUAUUUCAGAUUUUCUAAGUGUUUUACAGCGAAAACACAAUAAAUCGUUAUAUUAGCAUAGCACAUAGCACAUAGCAGCCCAGCAUUGAUUCUAGCCAAAGAGAGCGAUAAAAGUCAACAUCGCCAAAAUAUAUUAAUUUUUUCACUAACCUUCUCAGAAUUCUUCAGAUGACACUCCUGUAACAUCAUAUUACACAAUCCAUAUAGAGUUUGAUCGAAAAUGUUUAUAUUUAGCCACCAAAAUCAUGGUUAGACAAUGUGAAAUGUAGCCAAGCUGGUGAGAAAAUGUCCGUGCGCCACUUAGACAGUGAUCUACUCUUAUACAUAAAUACUCAUAAACGUGACUAAAAAAUAUAGGGUGGACAGGGAUUGAUAGACAAUUUAAUUCUUAAUACAAUCGCGGAAUUACAUUUUUUAAUUUAUCCUUACUUUUCAAUACAGUUUGCGCCAACCAAUGCUACGUCAAAAAACAUGGCAUCCUAAGCCACUAACAUUUUUCGACAGAAACACGAUUUAUCAUAAUAAAAAUGUCCUACUUUGAGCUGUUCUUCCAUCAGUAUCUUGGGCAAAGGAUCCUUUCUUGGGAGUAAUCGUCUUUUGGUGGAAAGCUGUCCUCUUGCCAUGUGGAAAUGCCAACUGCGUUCGGGAUGAACUGGAGGCGUGCCCAGCAAUUCACAGCGUUUCAGAAAUAAAUGUCCCAAAAUCGCACUAAACGGAUAUAAAUUGCUAUAAAACGCUUUAAAUUAACUACCUUAUGAUGUUUUUAACUCCCAUAACGAGUAGAAACAUGACCCGAGUAAUAUUACUCCCUCCACUAAUGCUUGGAACAGGUGCGGGGCGGUGUCCUCUAGGCGCAUGACGCAGCAAGAAAAGAGUGACUAGCCUCAGGGUUUUUUAAAUUGUAGUGCCUGUGAACGCGCAAUCGACCCCAUUCAAAUCGUCAUCACGUAAAGGCAUCCAGGGGAAGACGUAAGCAGUGUCCGUAUACUCAUAGCAAUAACAGUGCCCUUUUAACUGACUCCAGAUCAGGGGCCAAAAUUUCUGAAAUCUGACUCCAUGUCAGGGAAAUUGCUGUAGAAUGGGCUCUGUUCCACUUAGAGACAAAAUUUCAACUCCUAUAGAAACUAUAGACUGUUUUCUAUCCAAUAAUAAUAAUAAUAUGCAUAUUGUACGAUCAAGGAUUUUGUGGGAAGCCGUUUCAAAAAUUACACGAUUAGCAUAAAUAGUCACAACAGCGCCCCCAUCCUCAACAGGUUAACAGACUUAAUUCAAUUAACAGAAUUUCUUCCCUUUUUAAUGGGUUUGAGCCAAUCAUUUGUGUUGUGACAAGGUAGGGGUAUACAGAAGAUCGCCCUAUUUGGUAAAAGACCAAGUCCAUAUUAUUGCAAGAACAGCUCAAAUAAGCAAAUAGAAACGACAGUCCAUCAUUACUUUAAGAUUUGAAGGUCAGUCAAAAUCGGAAAAUGUCAAGAACUUUUAAAGUUUCUUCAAGUGCAGUCGCAAAAAACAUCAAGCGCUAUGAUGAAACUGGCUCUCAUGAGGACCUCCACAGGAAUGGAAGACCCAGAGUUACCUCUGAUGCAGAGGAUCAGUUCAUUAGAGUUACCAGCCUCAGCAAUUGCAGCCCAAAGAAAUGCUUCAAAAAGUUCAAGUAAUUUAUGUAGUUCUGUCCUUGAGCUGUUCUUGUCUAUUGACAUUCUGUAUUAUGUUUCAUGUUUUGUGUGGUCCCCAGGAAGAUCAGCUGCUGCUUUGCAACAGCUAAUGGGGAUCCUAAUAAAAUACCAAAUUCCAAAUACCAAACAGACACAUCUCAACAUCCACGGUUCAGGGGAAACUGUGUGAAUCAGGCCUUCAUGGUCGAAUUGCUGCAAAGAAACCACUACAAAAGGACACCAAUAAUAAGAAGAGACUUGCUUAGGCCAAGAAACACGAGCAAUGGACAUUAGACCGGUGGAAAUCUGUCCAUUGGUCUGGAGUCCAAAUGGGAAUAUCUUUGUGAGAUGCGGUAUGGAGGAACGGAUGUGUAUUUCCCACCGUAAAGCAUGGAGGAGGAGGUGUUAUGGAGUAGGUGUGCUUUGCUGGUGACACUGUCUGUGAUUUAUUUAGAAUUCAAGGCACACUUAACCAGCAUGGCUACCACAGCAUUCUGCAGCGAUGCGCCAUCACAUCUGGUUUGGGCUCAGUGGGACUAUCAUUUGUUUUUCAACAGGACAAUGACCCAACACCACUCCAGGCUGUGUAAGGGCUAUUCUACCAAGAAUUAGAGUGACGGAGUGCUGCAUCAGAUGACCUGGUCUCCACAAUCCCCUGACCUCAACCAAAUUGCGAUGGUUUGGAAUGAGUCGGACUGCAGAGUGAAGGAAAAGCAGGCAACAAGUGCUCAGCAUAUGUGGGAACUCCUUCAAGACUGUUGGAAAAGCAUUCCAGGUGAAGUUGGUUGAGAGAAUGCCAAGUUUGUUCAAAGCUGUCAUCAAGGCAAAGGGUGGUUAAUUGAAUAAUCUCAAAAAUAAAAUAUAUUUAGAUUUGUUUAACACUUUUUGGGUUACUACAUGAUUCCAUAUGCGUUAUUUCAUAGUUUUGAUGUCUUCACAAAGCCCUUGAAUGAUUAAGUGUUCUAAAACUUUUGACAUUGUCAUCAAACGUUUGUUUUCAUAUUGGUUUCUAGGCCAAGAUUAUCUUUAUUAUCAAUACUGACUCGGGAGCCUACCACUGAAAAGGAUGGACCAGAUCCAUAUAAUUAAAUACAUGGCUCUGGGAGAGACUAUCUAUCCACCAUGGGGUGUUACGUAAGCAAUACUAUUGAAAUGUGCAGUGUAUCUGCACAAACUUGUUCUGUAUGACUCAAUCACAUCCGAUAUGACAUUUCUUAAAGCAACAGCAACCCAAUAGUGAAUAGCAUAGGUGAAAUCCACUUUUCUGAACACUUGAGUACCUGACUGUUUCUGCGUGCAGCAACUUUAUGUCAUUGCAUUGGCAAUAGAACGACAAGUUGCCAUGACUGGCAUGUGCUCUACAUACUUCCUCUUGGAGUCUUUUUGCUGCUGUCAGUGAGGCCUGUGUGUGGAGGGAGGGAAUGAGGCAGUUUUGUCAGUGAGGCCUGUGCGUGGAGGGAGGGAAUGAGGCAGUUUUGUCAGUGAGUCACUGAACAUUGCAUGAUAAAAAAGAAAGAAUUCUUUCAAAAGAAGGAGAAUACCACACCUCUCUAGAGUUCCUGUCUGUUCUCUGCUGUCUCUGGUCAGUUCUUCAUCUCCAUGGCAUUCUCUGGGACGUAUGAGCUUGAAAGUCAAGAGAAUUACGAUGAGUUUCUGGAGGCAAUUGGGUUUUCCAAUGCCAAGACUGACUUCAAAGUGAUAACAGAAGUGCUUCAGGAGGGGGAUGAUUUUACCUGGUCACAGAUUAUUCCCAACUGGACCUUGACUAACAAGUUCACCCUCGGAAAGGAGUGUGAGCUAGAGAGCAUGCUACGAUCCAAGUUCGUGACCACCGUCACCAUGGAAGGAGGCAAGAUAAUUAUUCCGUUCCCCCAGUAUCAUUUCACUGCUGAGAUCAGUGGGGACAAGCUGAUCAUGCUCUGUACAACCUCCGGGGAGAAGGGUGUGACCAUGAAGAGAAUCAACAAGAGGAUCUGACAUCAAAAAUGUAACGUGUUGAGGCAGAGCUCUUGUGUGUGUGCUGUUACUGGUAGCCUUGUCCCCGCUACCUCGUAAACUACCCGCAUGUUACUGUUUCACCUCCAGAAACAUCUGGAUGACUCCUACCGGCUGGAUCACCCUUCCAGUACAUUUCCAGCAACGGUCCCCUGUCCAUCUUUAAUUUAAAAAGAGAUAUACCAAACAAUCUAUGCAACUUCCUGCUAUUCAAUGUUUGAAGUGUGUCAAUGGAAUCCAUGAACUACCUUCACGUGAAUAAAGUAAUGUCUUAUUUCUUUGUACCAGCUGAUAAUGUAAGAUAAAAGUAAAAUGAACAUGCAAGAGAACACCAGACUUAUUGCAAAGGCAGCUUUCUUUGUUAUAGAAUCAUCCUGAGCGCCGCUGUUGCAGUAGAGUAACAGUUGCAGUCUGUCUCCCCCUACUGCUUAUUAGGAAACAGUGCAGAUGUGUUUCUAGCUCAAUAAGGCUUAGUGAAGAGACAGGCAGCAUUGGGCCCUCUUGGGGUUUCUCUUCAAUGGAUGUGGAGCCGUUCACUCCGCGGGCUUGGAGAUCUGGAGGGCCAGACAGAAUGCCGAUCUACGCCAUCUCAUUAAAGCAUUUGGGGAAUCAUAACAUAACUAACCUCACUGCCUUCCUCAGCCAUGUUCUUAGAUAACCCUUGUAAACGAUAGAGGUUAUAUCAUCAUAUAGGUCCAUUUUCUACAUCUGGUUUAGAUUUGUAUUUUAUUUCUUACUAGAGUCCUAUUGUCAUAUCAUCUUUGGUGCAUUGUGAUUAUUAUUAUAUACUGACAAACACACAUCUACUGAGGAAUACAAUAAUGACAACACAUCUUCUCUCUCUGUACUACGAGGUAACACCUUUGAGAUCUAACAUCUUCGUUGAACGUACAGUUUUUUUUGCAUUGUAUAAUUCCGAUACAUCACGAGGUGGUUCUUACCAAGUAACUCCGUGAACUUAUCGACAUUUCCCUGGCUCUCCAUCUCAUAGGUCCCGCUGAAGGCCAUGGCCGUGCUGCGGUGUGGAGCGAUGAGAAGAAGACGAUGACGGCGAGGUGCUCAGAGCAGACAAGCUACUAGGAGUGCCACUCUGCUUCCUUAAAUACACCACCACCAACCCCCUGUUGACAGUCGCCCCAGUUCCCUUCCCUCCCAUGAUCACACACCCUGCCUUCAGUUCCUACAACGCAAAUAUGUAUUAAAAUUGAUAUUAAAAUUGAUAAGCCUGUACGAUCUUAUUCAAAGUGAUUUUAUAGUCCUCACUGUGGGAUUUUGAAUCUCUAUUUCAAACCUUCAUGCUGGCCUCCUGAGUGGUGCAGUGGUCUAAGGCACUGCGUCGCAGUGCUAGCUGUGCCACUAGAGAUUCUGGGUUCGAGUCCAGGCUCUGUCGCGACUGGGAGACCACUGGGGCGCACAGCGGCGUGAGGGUUUGGCUGGCAGGGAUGUCCUUGUCCCAUUGCGCACUAACGACUCCUGUGAUGGGCUGGGCGCAGUGCAUGAUGACAUGGUCUCCAGGUGCACUGUGUUUCCUCCGGCACAUUGGUGCAGCUGGCUUCCGUGUUAAGACGGCAUUGUGUCAAGAAGCAGUGCGGCUUGGUUGCAGUGUGUCACAGGAUGCACAGCUAAUCUGCUAGUCACUGGCAGUUAGAUGAUGAAUCCAAUCCAGAUUUUUGCAAACAAAGCAGAGCACAUUUCUCAGACAGUCACCCAGAACAGCACCUCUCUCUACAGAGAAACACACCUCUCUCUACAGAGAACAGCACCUCUCUCUACAGUGAACACCACCUCUCUCUACAGAGAACACCACCUCUCUCUACAGAGAAACGCACCUCUCUCUACAGAGAACACCACCUUUCUCUACAGAGAACAGCACCUCUCUCUACAGAGAACACCACCUCUCUCUACAGAGAACAGCACCUCUCUCUACAGAGAACACCACCUCUCUCUACAGUGAACACCACCUCUCUCUACAGAGAACACCACCUCUCUCUACAGAGAACACCACCUCUCUCUACAGUGAACACCACCUCUCUCUACAGAGAACACCACCUCUCUCUACAGAAAACACCACCUCUCUCUACAGAGAACAGCACCUCUCUCUACAGAGAACAGCACCUCUCUCUACAGAGAAAAGCACCUCUCUCUACAGAGAACAGCACCUCUCUCUACAGAGAAUAGCACCUCUCUCUACAGAGAACACCACCUCUCUCUACAGAGAACAGCAUCUCUCUCUACAGAGAACAGCACCUCUCUCUACAGAGAACAGCACCUCUCUCUACAGAGAAAAGCACCUCUCUCUACAGAGAACAGCAACUCUCUCUACAGAGAAAAGCACCUCUCUCGAAAGAGAAAAGCACCUCUCUCGAAAGAGAACACCACCUCUCUCGAAAGAGAACACCACCUCUCUCUACAGAGAACACCACCUCUCUCUACAGAGAACAGCAACUCUCUCUACAGAGAAAAGCACCUCUCUCUACAGAGAAAAGCACCUCUCUCGAAAGAGAACACCACCUCUCUCGAAAGAGAACACCACCUCUCUCUACAGAGAACAGCACCUCUCUCUACAGAGAAACACACUUCUCUCUACAGAGAAACAGCACCUCUCUCUACAGAGAACACCAUCUCUUUCUACAGAGAACACCCCCUCUCUCUACAGAGAACAGCACCUCUCUCUACAGAGAACACGCCCUCUCUCUACAGAGAACACCACCUCUCUCUACAGAGAACAGCACCUCUCUCUACAGAGAAACGCACCUCUCUCUACAGAGAAACGCACCUCUCUCUACAGAGAAAUGCACCUCUCUCUACAGAGAACAGCACCUCUCUCUACAGAGAACAGCAACUCUCUCUGCAGAGAACACCACCUACCUCUACAGAGAACACCACGUCUCUCUACAGAGAACACCACCUCUCUCUACAGAGAACAGCCCACUCUCUACAGAGAACAGCACCUCUCUCUACAGAGAAAAGCGCCUCUCUCUACAGAAAAAAGCACCUCUCUCUACAGAGAACACCACCUCUCUCUACAGAGAACAGCACCUCUCUCCUCAGAGAACACCACCUCUCUCUACAGAGAACAGCACCUCUCUCCUCAGAGAACACCACCUCUCUCUAUAGAGAAUACCACCUCUCUCUACAGAAAACACCACCUCUCUCCUCAGAGAAAAGCACCUCCUCUCUCUCUACAGAGAACACCACCUCUCUCUACAGAGAACACCACCUCUCUCCUCAGAGAACACCACCUCUCUCCACAGAGAACACCAGCUCUCUCUAAAGCCCUCUACUCUUUUCUCCCCUCAUGUCAUUCAGUGGCAGAUAUGAGAUGAAGAUCUAGAAGAACCAAGUGGUGUUGCUCAAGCACUUUGGGAUUGUACGUGAUGAUGCAGUAAAGACAGACAUCAAGGCGGUGACAGAUAGUCCAGCAUGGAAAUUACUUUGUCUGGACCAAGUUCCUUCCCUCUAGGGCCUGGACCCUGUCUGUUCGCUUAUCCUUCUCAUGCGCACCACAACCCCUGGAAAGAAUGGUGUGACCAUGAAGAAAAUCAGUAUGAGGUUCUAGAAAUGACCACUGUUCCACCACCCCAGAAGAUACUUCUGGCUAGAGAGGUCUAUAAUGUAUCCUUAUAGCCACUAGAGGGAGACAGCCUGACACUGUUCCUUUACUACUGCAACAGCUGAGAUCAUUUACUUUGCUGGAAUUUUCACAAGAAUGUGAUACAUUUUCACAUCUCUUAAGCACAAAAAUCGUAACAGAUCAUCAAAAUGGCUCAUGUUUCAGAACUCUACGCAUAUUUUUAUUUGACUGAGUACAACAAACAAAUUCACAGUCACUUGUUCCCUGCACCAAAUCACUCUUUCAAUUUGGAUACAUGUUCAAUCUAUGUAUCUCCUCUUCAAAAUGCAAUAUUCACUUCAAAUUUUGCUAUGAUUUUCUUGUCAUUUGUUAACAAUACAAUAAACUAUAAUUUAAUGAAACUGCUCAAAACUGAUAACUACAGAAACAAAAUGAUGUAGUUUCUGGAUAAUAUAUAUUUUUUUCAGAACUGCUGAAUUCUCUAAAUGCCUAUAUUUCUACCUCAAAUGUAUCAAUUUUACAUCUACCGUAUAAGGAUAAUGAAACUGUUAGACUGAAAUAUUUGUCAACAUGCUCACAACCUGCCAUUGGAUACAAUAUUUACAAAAAAUGGUGGUAUAGUUAUAGUCAAAUGUUAUAGUCAAAUACUGUAUGGAAAAUGAUAUUUACAAUCUACUAUUCUUUCUAUUCAGCACUUCAAAUACAACAGUUUUGAAAUGUGUAUCUUGUAUUUUUUGCUAUUGAAUUAAAUGGUAGUUAAAAUGGAA